AUGGCGAAACUAACCGCGUUUCAGCGCUUCUUGCAAUUAACAAAGAGAAAGACAGACGAACCCGCACUGUUCCCGCCCCCUCAUUGGACUAACGAGAGCCAGGGCGAUGCAGAGGGUCCUGCACAUCCUGAGGCAGAUGUAGAUGCUGUACCGCCCUCAUCUCUCAAUCUGAUGCCACCUGGGGAGGAGGAAAAUGAUGUCGUAGUCGAGAACGCUGCGGAUAGCAUUCCGGAGUCGCCCCCAGAGCCCGCAUACCUCGCUCGUAGGAUACAGUCACUUAUGUCGAUCAUGACACCAGACACAGCCCUUUCACCUGAACUGUCUCUCCCAGGGUCGGCUACACCUGUCCCUGAAGCAGCUUCAGGCAAGAAACUUAUUCCGGCUUUCGUGACGGACUCCAAGCUCGUGUCGUUCUUGUCGUCGCCGUCGGUCAUGAACGGUUCGGCUUCCAGGGGCAGACAAAGUGUAUGGACGUUGUUAGACCGCCUCCGAGCCCCCAUACCGCAAGGCGAGAGGGACGAUGAGGCGCAGGACGGUGCUCCAGGUUCGAACAUGUCGGUGGCGCCAGAGCCUUUGGACGACGACAACUCAAGCAUCAUGUUGUAUGGUCCGCUCGAACCUGAUGACAGCUCCGUUGUCGAGGUUGCGCUUUCUGAGGUUAUCUCGAUUGAUGAUAGCGCUGAUCCUGAUCAAGCUGAGGACGGGAAUGAAACCUUCCGCGCUCACCUACCGAAAGUAUGGCCGUUCACUAGACUGGGUGAUGGGCAGCCAGCUUCAUCCCCAAGGGUUCAUGAGCAAAAGGUUUGGAUUCCUUCACCGACAAAGAUAUCACUCGAGGUUAGGUGGUGGGGAUAUCGCAUAUAUCUCCCCCCUCCUAUCCUCGCCAUUCUGGACAACCAGCGAAUCGAAGCGAGCAAACGGGCUGUCCUCUUUACAACCGCGCUCAAGUGGUUACUUGAUCAUGUACCCAUAGCAGUGGUUCCAUUACAGGCGCGCCCUGCAGUGAUGCUAUUGCGAGGCCUUGUGCCCUACCUUGCAUACAUCAGCGCAUUCAUUGCAUGGAGUUGGAGUGUUGUCAAGAAUUUUGACAAAGGCAACGGUGUUACGUUGACAGCCACUUGGUUAUUGCCACUCGCUCUUGUUCCCGGCACGUGGGAGGACAGCCAGUUCCCCAAGGGCGGGCCCACUAGUUCAGAGACAGAAUCAGCAACUGCAAGUCAUUGA